UUGAAAACGAACAGCAACGCCAGUCGAUUGCUGCUUUAUCGUUUUCAGGCCUUAAUUUUCAGCAAACUGAGGGCAUCAUGACAGAAUUACGACACCGAGGAGCGACUGAAAAAGAGCUGCAGGAUCAGCACUCGGAGGACAAGGGAUCUGAAACAGAGGGCAAGUCAGAGAGAGAUGGAGCAUCAGAUAGUGAGAUUAAACCAGACACUGGUGUUGCUGAAGUUCCUGUUUCUGCUGAUGACACACCAGAGGUUCUCAACAAAGCCCUUUCAGGCCUCUCCUCCCGAUGGAAGAACUGGUGGGUGCGGGGAAUCCUCACUCUGGCCAUGAUCUCCUUCUUUUUCUUCAUUAUUUAUCUGGGUCCAAUUGUGCUGAUGAUGAUUGUGCUGUGCGUUCAGAUCAAGUGCUUCCAGGAGAUCAUCACAAUUGGUUACAGUGUGUAUCAUUCAUACCACCUUCCCUGGUUCAGAACACUAAGUUGGUACUUCCUGUUGUGUGUGAACUACUUCUUCUAUGGGGAAACGGUGACAGAUUGCUUCUUCACUCUGGUGCAGAGGGAGGAGCCUCUACGCAUCCUCAGCAAAUACCAUCGCUUUAUUUCCUUUGCCCUGUACCUCACAGGGUUCUGCAUGUUUGUUCUGAGCCUGGUGAAGAAGCACUAUCGCCUGCAGUUCUAUAUGUUCGGUUGGACUCAUGUGACCCUGCUGAUUGUGGUGACUCAGUCCCACUUAAUCAUUCAUAACCUUUUUGAGGGAAUGAUCUGGUUUAUUGUGCCCAUUUCCUGUGUUAUCUGUAAUGAUAUCAUGGCUUAUAUGUUUGGCUUCUUUUUUGGGCGCACCCCUCUCAUCAAGUUGUCUCCUAAGAAGACGUGGGAGGGGUUUAUUGGUGGCUUCUUCUCCACUGUUGUGUUUGGGAUCCUGCUUUCCUAUGUAAUGGCAGGUUACAGCUACUUUGUGUGUCCAGUGGAGUUUAAUAACGACUCCAACAGAUUCACGGUGGACUGUGAGCCGUCUGAGCUCUUCCAGCUUCAGAACUACGGCCUGCCAUCUGUAUUGCAGUCCAUCACCGGCUGGACCACAGUGAAGUUGUACCCAUUCCAGAUCCACAGCAUCGCUCUGUCUGCAUUUGCAUCCAUCAUGGGACCAUUUGGAGGCUUCUUCGCCAGUGGCUUCAAAAGGGCCUUUAAGAUCAAAGACUUUGCUAACACCAUUCCAGGUCAUGGAGGAAUUAUGGACCGCUUUGACUGUCAGUACCUUAUGGCUACAUUUGUAAAUGUUUACAUCACCAGCUUUAUCAGAGGGCCAAACCCUACUAAAGUUAUACAGCAGCUUCUUGCUCUGAGACCAGACCAGCAGGUACAUAUCUUCAACUCACUCAAGGCCCAUCUGACAGAGAAAGGCCUGCUACCAGCCCUGGAAGUGGCAGCCUAGCCUAACGGGCCAUCCCAGGGAGAGCCCACAGCAGUGGCCGGAGGAUAGAGGGAGGAGAUGGUCAUUACAGAAGCAGAUCCAGGCUUGUAUGGGAGGGGGAGAUGGGAUGGGAUCAUAGGAAGGAAAACAACAGAAAACUGAACUAAAUGAACCUUGGGUCAUUCCAUUUUCAGUGUGAUUGAGAGAGUGUGUGUGUAAAGAUCAGUGUUUUUGCUUGUUAUUUUUGUAAAUGUUUUAUGUUUAUCUCUUUUGCCACAAAAUUAUAUUAUAAAUAUAUGGAGAUGAUGCUUCAUCUGUGUUACAGUUAUUUGUAAGUUGAGCUGUACAUUUCCACUUGUGUACAAAUGUUCUGCAACUUUAGAGUGUGAAUAUUUUAUUAUAGUGUUUAUUGUAUUUUGUUUUAAUGCACUGCUCAUCACACUGUCAUUUCAACCUCAGGCUUGGGUUUUUUUUUUUUUAUUGUUUUUUGUUUUUUUAUGUUGUUCAAAGUUGCCAUAAGGCAUUGUUCAUUCAAAGAUUGUAUUUUUACCACAGAGCACUCACAAAUUUAGUGUGGAUUCAUAUUACUUUCCAUAGGUCUUGGUGGUGACCUGUUUGUAACAUCAUUUUUAAUCAGAGGAACCUGGUCAUUGAUAUCAGCUGCAUCCUUCAACCCAAAAGAUGUGGUGACUGUUACAGUAUGGCUUUCUGAGACUAGGUAUAAUUCCUGACAGCAGUUGUGUAAGGAGAGGAAGCAGAUGUCAUAUUCUGUGUUUAAGAGGAUGUUCAGGUGUAGUCAGACUUUGAAUUAUCAUGUACUGUGCCUCACUCUUUGGCUUCGGAUUAGUCUCUAUUAGAUGUAUUUGACACAAAAACAGCCCCCUGAGCUAAAGGGAAAAAUUAAAACAGUUUGAAGAAAGUGUCAUAUACAGGGUUGCCAGAUGCCAGGAAGGUCUUCCAGCCCAAAACCUCGUCAAAAACCGCGAGAAUGCACAAAAAAACGGCCAAAUUUGUAUUGGCUUGUUUCUCGCUAUGGUUUCUCAUUUAAACACAUGAUAAUCAUUAACGAGUUUUAAAAUUACCCAUUGGUCCGUGUACUUUGCGUCCAUUCGUUUUUCCUUUUUUAACCUGUAAUCAAAAAUUAACGGUUGUUGUAUUUUUAAAACGCAAAGUUGAACACCAAAAUUUGAAUUUGAACCACAAA